AAGGCUCGGGGCACUCCAUCAUGACACUUCGCUGUUGGAAUUCUCUGAUCCUCUACCGCACAAAUUUUUCCCGGAAAAAUUUUCUAAUUCGAAGUGGGUGAGAAAGUGGAAAGAAAAAUUCGAGAAAGGGAAGGGAAAUGCAUGCAUUGAGUUUCAAAGGGUUUCCCGAUUUGAGCCGGGAGCGCUCUUGGCCUGGUCGACUCAGCGGCGGGUUCGGGUACCAUUGUACAGGGACGAGAAAGGAUGAUGGGAAUUGUAGGGAUUUUAGGAGAAAUUGCAGGAUUGUUGCUUGUUCUUCGGGGGCAAAUGGGGAUAAUCAGAGCCCGAGCUCGUUUCUUUCUCGCAGUCAAACUUACGCUCUUCUGAAGCAGCAACUGCAGGUUGCUGCAAAAUCUGAGGAUUACAAAGAAGCUGCUAGACUACGCGAUUCAUUGAGAUUGUUUGAGGAAGAGGAGCCGGUUUUGCGUCUUCGCAGAUUGAUUAAAGAGGCAGUCGCCGAUGAGAGGUUUGAGGAUGCAGCUAGAUACCGUGAUGAGCUUAAGGAAAUUGCACCGCAUUCUCUCUUAAAAUGUUCAAGUGACGCAACAACCGUGGGGAUCAGGGUUCAAGUUAGAAGUGUGUACAUUGAAGGUCGAAGUCAGCCUUCAAAAGGGCAGUUCUUUUUUGCAUAUAGAAUAAGAAUUACCAAUAACUCAGACCGCCCUGUUCAACUUCUCAGAAGGCAUUGGAUUAUAACAGAUGCAAAUGGAAAAAUUGAGCAUGUCUGGGGGAUUGGUGUCAUAGGUGAACAGCCAGUUAUACUUCCUAGAACCGGUUUUGAGUACUCAUCUGCAUGCCCAUUAAGCACUCCAAAUGGAAGAAUGGAGGGUGACUUUGAAAUGAAACAUAUUGACAAAGUGGGUUCUCAAACUUUCAAUGUGGCAAUUGCCCCAUUUUCUCUCUCCACACUCGGAGAUGAGUCUGAUACAUUUGAGAUGUGAAUCAUUAUACCACAAUGGAGAAGCAGAGAAGUGUUGCAUCCUAAAGAUGCUGUAGAUUUUGGUCAAAUUGAAGAGGUGAAAAGGCCAUUUUACUUUCAAUUUGAUGCUCUGAAGUAUGAAGCAUUGUGUUUGGUGAUGCUGUGUAUUGAUUUACCUGCAUUAUCAGGAUAUUGUAUAGGGAUAUGCUCUCAUCAAUUAUUGUAGGUGGAGCUCUAACUGGUGAUGUACUUUGUUGAAAAGCUUCCAAAAGAGAAAAAAUGGAAAAGAAAAGAAAAGACAACUGAUAGAGCUGAAUGGAAUAAUGUCACAGUCCCCAAAUGGGUUCUCCAAAUUACUUCUCUGUUGAUUUUGCAAGAAGGGAACUAGACAUCGCAUUCAUUUGUGAAGCUGUUUUGGAGAACCCAUUUGGAGAGUAUGAUUUUUCGAAUGAAUGUAUAGGCAGUGUGCCAGUAACAAAUAAAAUCUAUUUUUGACA